AUGGAACACACCGACAGAGAGACCAGCGUCAACGAUGGGACUCCUGUAUUCCCGAGCGAAUUCCCCGACUUUAGCGAGCUGCUAGACCAGCCCGACUUUUCUGGUCUUGACUUCGCCUCCUUUCAGUCCUCGUUCAGUAACGGAGUUGAUCCUCAAUUAUUACACCUAGUCUCGGGCUUUGGAGGCAGCUCAGAAGUCAACUCAAUUUCUCUAUGCGGGCCCACUGAGACUCUAGCUCCUACUACAUCAAACGUGCAAGCUGAGGCGGGGCCAAACACCAUCACAACCUCGCCCCCAAAGGCUGGAAAGCGACUCUCUCUCAACUCAGUCCGUAUUCUCAACAAAUGGCUCUCGAAUCAUACACAUCACCCGUACCCUAGCGUCCGAGAUGUUGAAUCAAUCGAGAGGCUGACAGGCUUGACUCGACAACAAAUCCUCAAUUGGUUCGCAAACGCUCGACGUAGGAAGAAGUUCCACCCACCAGAGACUACGGAUCCAAGUUCAGCAGAGGCUAGCCCCCUAGACAUACCCCUGCUUCGACCACCUACACCCAUCGUCCAACAAAGUCCACUCGAGCGAUGGGAGAACUCACCGCCCGAAGACGAGCCAUCCACCAUGGCCGCUAUUGCAAGGGCGGUAUCGGGCGCAAGCGGUUCCGUCGACCAAUCGCGGGGUACAAGAACGAGGCAUGGCAGGGCACCAUCGUCAACUGGCACCUGGGCAACAACCGACACCUCUGAUUCAAGUCGAAGCUCGCAAGCCUCGGGCUACUCACAUAUAUCCAAUCGGUCACUCAAUAGAGUCAUCAAAAAGCGUCGGCGAGGAGGUCUACGGACCAGGAAUGAUGAAAAGAGAGGUCUUUCUGUUGUUUGCUAUCGCUUUCAGUGUACGUUUUGCACUGAGACGUUCAAGUUGAAACAUACAUGGUCCAGACACGAGAAGACACAGCACCUGUCCCUCGAGCAAUGGGAGUGUUCUCCUCUUGGUCCAACAGCUCUCAACGAGGAUUCUGAGACCGUCUGUGUUUAUUGCGGCCUUGAGGACCCAGAUGAAUCUCACUUCGAGGAGCAUAAUCAUGACUUGUGCCAUAAACGUGAAAGAGGAGAGCGGAUAUUCUACAGGAAGGAUCAUCUACGACAGCAUCUUCGGCUCGUCCACGGAUCGCAAUUUAUGAAGUGGCCAAUGGAGGAAUGGAGGUCUAAGCAUGAGGAUGUUAUAUCACGCUGUGGCUUCUGUGAUAUUACCAUGACGACUUGGUCAGAGCGGGUGAAUCAUCUUGCAGAGCACUUCAAGGAGGGAAGGACUAUGGCAGAUUGGAAAGGGAGCUGGGGAUUUGAUGUUGCAACGCUCGAUAUGGUGGAGAAUCACAUGCCCCCAUAUCUCAUUGAUUACGAGCGCAACUCGCCUCUUCCGUUCUCCACGCAACAGGGUGCGCCGUAUAGUUCAACAAACGCCUUCGAACUACUACAACUGGAGCUCGACUACUUCUACUCCAAUUAUACUGACAUCAAUCACUGCAUCCCCUCCGAUGAGACGCUUUAUCUUGAAGCUUGCUGCAUCAUAUUCGGCGCGGAAAUGAACUACCAGUACCCCUCAACAGCAUCAUCUUGGCUUCGCGACCUCAUAAUGAGUACACAAGAUAUCGUCAACGAUGCACGAAUGACGCCUAUGAAGAGUGCAGCCAGGUCCCGAUUCUCAGAGCUAAAGAUUCAUAGCAAGAAAGACAUAUUUGAGGACUGUAAGCUUGAGACGUCGUUAAGUCAAUACGUUGACAUGUUGCAAUUGUUAAACAUGGGGAUUGAAGAUGUCGAGUUGCAAAAGGAGGCAUGCUCGAUCAUCAAUCAUAUGCCUGAUGUUUCGCCUAUGUUUAGUCAGUUGUUGAUUGGUUUGGUCUAUAAGUCAACGGGCUGGCUGGCUUCAUUUCGGGAGAGGGUAGGACUGCCGCCGUCUGAAGUUGUUUCAUCAAACGCGCAAGAAGGCCUUGUUCCUCCUCUACUGUCCUCCGGCGGUCUCCCUAUCAUAUCCAAUAAUGAUCUUAAACAUUGGAGUCCACCGAGCGGUCCCAACUCACCACCUAUACAUCUGGGACAGAAGAUCGUGUCGCUGAACGACGGCAACAUGUACAGAGGUCUGACCAGAGACUUAACCCGCUACGUCGCGAGGACCAUCUCACCUCUGAAUCCAACAAGCCACAUCCCAACGGACGAAGAGCUCCAAUAUCAAGCGCGAUGGAUCAUGUACGACAGCCACGACGUAUGGAAUCAGACUCCAGCGGAUAAUCUAGAUUGGCUUACCGAGUUCAAGAGAGACUCUGGCUUGUUCUAG